CAGUUGGAUCCCACACUCGCUGGAGAGGAAAAAAGCGCCGUCGGACCGCAACAGCGACUCACCGGGAAAAUGUUCCCUCCACCGCCCUUCAUCAACGCUGUGCACAAAAGUCAUGUGAACGGAUCCGCAGCUUAUGAGGAAUCGAGUUUUUUCCACCAUUAAACUUGUUUCAGAGGAUUGUAAACUCUUGGAAGUGAUUGACAAGACACAGGAUUUAAAGUUAUCAUUGGACAGGUGCAGAAAAUGGCGAGACAGCUCCUGCAGCUUCUUGCCUUGUGGACUACUGUAGUUGGCGUUGUGCAGGGCUGUCCAGAACUGUGCAGCUGCCAGGAUAAAUUUGCCCACCAGUUUGCCGACUGUGCUUACAAAGAGCUGCUGGUUGUCCCCGUGGGUCUCCCCUCCAAUGUCACCACUGUGAGCCUUUCUGCCAACAAGAUCAAAUUACUGAAAAGUAAAAGCUUCGUCAACAUCACGCAGGUCUCCUCUCUCUGGCUGGCCCACAAUGAGAUAGUCACCAUAGAAACGGACACCUUGGCCCCCCUGAUCCAGCUCCGCAACCUGGACAUCAGCUACAACAAAAUUGUGAACUUUCCAUGGGAGGAUCUGUACAACCUCACGGCGCUGCAGCUUCUGAAAAUGAACAACAAUGAGAUGGUGAACCUUCCCAAGGAUGCCUUCUCCACCCUCACAGACCUGCGGUCGCUGCGCAUUAACAACAAUAAGUUCACCACCAUCGUGCAGGGUACCUUCAGUGCGCUCUCCUCCAUGUCUCACCUUCAGAUUUUUAACAACCCCUUCUCGUGCUCCUGCAGCCUGGAGUGGCUGAGGGAUUGGAUCACUACAACUAAGAUUUCUGUCCCCGAGCCAAAGUCAAUUUUAUGUGAGGCCCCUGAGCACCUGAAGGGCACACAGGUUACAACGAUGCCCAAACUGGACUGUACAGCCCCUAUUGUCACAAUAUCCUACCAGCCUGACAUUGACAACACAGAGAUCUACGAGGGUUCAAUGGUUAUCUUACACUGUGAGACAAAAGGGAGCCCAACACCUCAGCUCAGCUGGGAAGUGACUGCAGGGAAUCAGAACUUCCUGUUCCCCUUGCCCUCCACCGGAGACAUUAAUGACGUGCCAAUAAAUGAUAAAACAACCAACAAUCGAUUCCUCGUCUUUAGAAACGGCUCUCUCAUCAUCCCUCGGAUGAGUAAAAAGGAAGAUGGAAAUUACAGCUGCUCUGCGGUGAAUGAUUUAGGGAAGGCGGAGAGAGGUGUUAAAGUAGCGAUGGCUGCCACCCAAAAGCAUAGCAGCAACUCAAAGCCCGAAUCUACGGUGGACAGGAUCCGUCCAUCUUCUAAAAAGCCUCUAGACCCCAAGAUCUCCAAAAACAAUGUGAUCAACUGGACCAAGCCUGAUGAUAAGACAAAGGUUAGUCCUGGAGGUUCAUCGGACAAAGGUGACAGCACGGUGCAGGCUGGUGGCGUUACAAAAGACCCAACAUUUGCAAGCAAGUGCGGCGUGAGAGACAGCAGUGAAUACAUCUCCAACCACGCCUUUAACCUGAGCUUGGAUGACUUGAAGCAGUACACAUUUGAUUUUGGCGUUAUUGCUUUGGAGGUUUCAGAGACGGAGGCCAAAGUGCAGCUGAAUCCGCUGCAGCUUCCCAGCAGCAAAUCUAAUCUUCAUCUGAGUCACACUGAAAACCAAGAGACGGUGAAUAAAGAGGCCUUUGGCGUGUACCAGUCCUCGUCCAGUAAAAGCACCUUGGACAUGCUCUACCUCUGUGUAAAUACAGGUAAUGGACACUCCAUGGUUCAGUGGUCCAACAUUGAGGAGGGGGUCAAUGCCUAUCGCUUCCAUGGUUUACAGCCCGGCACCAAUUACACACUUUGUCUAACCUAUGGGGGGCAGGACUGCCAAGUCCAAGUAGUCUUCACAACCAGGAAGAAGAUCCCCUCCCUGCUCAUCAUCGUGGUUGUCAGCAUCUUCCUACUGGGCCUGGCCACUGUGCCCUUGCUAGGGGCCACCUGCUGCCAUUUGUUGUAUAAGUACCAAGGGAAGACCUACAAGCUGAUCAUGAAGGCUCAGAAUCCGGAUCAGCUGGAGAAACAAAUGACUGGAGAUUUUGAUCCGAGGGCGUCUUUUGUGGAGUCCGAGAAAACCUUCAACCCCAGCGAGUUAGGCGAGGGGGAGGGGGAGGCCGACGGAGAGGAUGGAGAAGGAGAGGGAGAGGCCGAGGGGAGCGUGGUGACAGAGUCCAUCCCCGGAUCCUCGUCCAAAACCAACCAGGAGGAGUUCGAGGUGGGCUCGGAGUACAGUGACAGGUUACCGCUGGGAGCGGAGGCAGUCAACAUCGCGGAGGAGAUCAACGGCAACUACAAGCAGCCGAGCCGCUGAGCCCCGCGGAGGUCUGCCAGCAUACACUGUAAAAUAUUUUACUUUAAAGUAGCCUUCAAGCAGGUAAUUCACCCACUAUUACUUCACGUGAACAACGAUGGCCUCUCAUACAGAAAAAGGUGAAUCUUUUCUUCUUAUUUUUUACCUCAGUCACCGGAGAUUGGUUCAUGUGUAGUCUACUGUAAGGUUAAACUAAGCAACACACUCCACGUUUACAAAUCAAGCACAGGUUUUUACAGUUUUAUAACACCUCAAAACUGACCCUAAAGCAGCAAAAAAUGUUCCCUUUCUGCAGGACACAAACGGGCACGGGCGCACACUGAGGCGCGGAACUUUCGCACAUAAUCAAAGGCAAAAAAUAUUAAAAUGUAACUGUUUUGGAGAUGACAAAAACAAGCAAAAGGUGCCAUAUGUUUUCAAGCCAUUUUAAUAAAUUAUCAGGGACCCGUUUUUUUUUCAUUUUUUUUUUAGCUGUGCGCGUCUGCGUAAAGAUGAGGAUGCGCGUAAAACCUCAUGCCGUCCAUCUCCUCAGGUGUGUGCUCUGACUCCGCGCGUCCAGUCACACAUUUGGAUAUUUGAUCAAAUGAUGCUAGAUGCAGAAAUUUGGUUUUGGUGCCCGCUGUCCUGUGAGUACAAAAAAUGAAAAAUUCACUUUUAACUGCUUAUUUACCACCAAAAUGUUGUUUGACUUAAUGUAAGGCUUUAAAAAAAAGUGCGACUUUAACCUCCUAAUCAACGGGUGCUUGCUCUACUCGCUUUUUACAAUGAACGUGUCCAUGGCAUGUCACACGUAUUUCCUUGUGUGGGGUUUUCUUAGUGUAGUCUAGAGGACUUUAGAUGUUACUGUCAAGCUGUGAUGUAAAGCCAUGUGGAUUUUCUCUCUCUCUCUCUCUCUUUUUUUUUAAAUUUUUUUUUUUUUUUUUUACGACGGUAAGUUUAUAUGAAGCCUUAACAAAAGCGCGCUCUGAGCGUCUGGCGGCUUCACUGUCUUGUAAUUGGAUGCAUAUAGUGAGUUUUUGUGAACUGUUGUAAAACGAAAAACAAAAGCCGUGACCUUUCAAGAUUUUUUGAUAUCAUUUUAUGUAAGUGGAAAUAAUAAAACAUGAAACUAUACGGACUAUUUUCUGGAUUUGUC